GUAUUCUUAAAAUAUGGGGGUGUGUGCAAUUGUUCCUAUUUAUUCUCCAUGCCUCCGUCUCAGCUUGCAAUGACUACAUUUCCACGUACUUUUUAUUGGCUCCAUAAAAUUAGCGAUCAUUAGGCUAAGGUUAACGCCACUAUACUAAGCAUCCAAAUGUGUUUCCAAGCGUGAUAAAUUGAACAAAGAAAGAGGAGUGCGAGUAUGACACCUGAAGGACACCUGAAGGACUCCUGAAAUGCUCUAAAUAGUCAUAAUAGUUGGUGCAAUAUUACCAUUAGAUGAAGAUAUAGAAGUGUAAGAGCCCAGAAGAUUUGGUACAUCAUGAAGCUAUUGAGUAUUUCCCUUCAGUUGGUUUCGGCUCUUGUUUGCAGAGCUGUUACUGCUUCCUCUGGCGAUUACGAUGCUAUCUUAAAUGAAAUUGUAAACAAUGAUAAUAAUUCCCCGUCUGGCGGUGAAGGACAAGUUACACUGUCUACCUUAUCGGGCUUUUCUACUUUGUCGAGCCUUACCAAGCGCGAUGCGGAGCCUUACUUCAAAGAACUCGAUAUGUAUUCCUUUGACAAUUAUGAGAAGGUUGCCAAGGUUGGAGCCAUGCUGAAACAGGCACAGUCUAAUGAGAUGUUGGGCGACGCCCUUUACCUUUACAAUUUGAUGGAUCGUAACGGCUAUCCACAUAGUCUCGCGCUGAAUGGCUCAUCCGAACUUUUUGAUGAGACAUGCAACUUCCUUUACAAAUAUGGUUUAAACAGUACCGACUCUCUCGCUUCUACGGCGUCGAGUACCGACCUGAUUAACUAUUACAGGAAUUUCAACAUUUCCGCUUGUGACUCUGCUUUAGCAUUGGACCAUGACAUGAUUAGUUGCACCGGCCGUCAUUUAACUAAUUCGGCAAGCUGUAAAUUUCUUUAUGACCAUAUUGCCGAUUACGGUGUUUUCCCAAAAAAACCCAGAAGUCUAUGCGCUGAAGGCUGCUGUAUUUCGUGGAGCGCACCAGCUAAUAUUACUCAUACUUGGGCAAGGAAUCAGCUUAAGGUGUGUCUUAACUAUUGUUUGCGAACUACUGGAAGCUGUAAGUUAAAGGACGUAGUCUAUGAGGACACUCAUUUGAACUUUUGUGUUAGCAACAGAGGCAGAGGUUGCCAUUAAGCGAUCCUUCAGAUUAGCGCAUUGCUUGUGAAAUGAAGCAUGACACACCUUUGCCGUGUGUACAAGGAGAUAGUAUCCAAAGCCAAUUAGUAUUCUUAUUCAAUAUGCAAAAUAAGAUGUUUGGCGUAACUCUUUUAGCAUUCCAUAACUUUCUUUUGCAUGAAUCAGCUUUGACCAUUGCGAAAUUAUUACUGCCAAUUACGGGGACAGCAUAAAUGAAAACAUAUCACCAGCUAACAGACCAAAUUGUGAAACGAG